GAAGUGAGAGAGAGAGACAAGAGAGAGAGACGGAGAGAGCUAGACAUAGACAGACAGACAUAGAAAAAGAGUCAGAAAGAGACCUUGCAACACACGCUGCAAUCCGGACGCACGACUUCAGACCAAACUUGCCCUCUUCCCCCACGCAGAUACUUCUGGAAGCCGGCCAUGAGAGCGCUGAAGAAAGGUCGCAAUGAGGAGGGCAAGUUGCAAAUCACCUUUCACGAGUUCUUGCAAUACGUGGUGAAGGAACGGCGCGCCUCCCCCGGCGACCCCCACUGGAUGCGCUUCCACAGGCUGUGUUCCGUCUGCGGCAUCGACUUCCCCUUCGUCAUGAGGCUCGAGACGUACGCCGACGACCUCGCCUUCCUCGUACGAAACCUCAGGAUCGCGGAGGUCGACCCUCGCGAGAGACGCCACUCGCUCCACCCUGACAGCCCUGGCACUCAGAGUCGAGCCAGCGAUGCCUCGACUUCCCUGGCGAUCGACAGCGAGCCUGCCAUCUCCAUCAAGGACUCGACCCUCAAGUAUUACCUCGACGUCCCCCCUAACCUUCUGGUCUCCGUGCUCGACAUCUAUAAGAUCGACAUGGAGAUGUUUCAUUACAAAGUGCCCCCGGAGAUUCAAAGGAUCGUCGACCGAUAUCGAAGCAGUACGACUUAGCUGCGGGUUUCGUUUUUCUUGUUUUAUUGGUGUGUAUGUAUAUAUUGUUGUUGUUUGUUUGUUUGUUUUUGUUGUUUUUGUUGUUGCUGUUGUUUUUGUUGUUGCUGUUGUUUUUG